AUGACGUUGUCGUCAGAACCUCAAGAUCCACUGCCGGUUGUAAAAUGUGUUGCCAGGGCCAGAAUACCAACGACUACUGGUCCUGAUAUCUUCUUACAUCUAUACGCAAAUGACAGAGAUACCAAAGAACACUUGGCUAUAGUAUUUGGAGAAGAUAUUCGGUCACGUACACUUUUCCAGCGCAGAAGAGGCGAAACUCAACAAGACAGGAUGGUUAGGGGCGCCUAUGUGGGUAAACUUUUCCCAGGCAGAACAAUGGCAGACAUGGAUGAAAAUCUGGGAAUGAGCUUGAAAUUCGAUGAAACGUCAGGAUCGCUUUUGGUAGAUCCAAAAACCACCUGGCACAACCAGGAUACACUGGUGCGUAUUCAUUCGGAAUGCUACACGGGAGAAACGGCCUGGAGCGCCCGUUGUGACUGUGGUGAGCAAUUCGAUCAUGCGGGGAAACUCAUGGGCGUAGAACGCGAGGGAGACAUAAUAGGCGGUUCCGGACGUGGUGUGAUUGUUUACCUCAGACAAGAAGGCCGUGGGAUAGGUCUGGGCGAAAAACUCAAGGCAUAUAACCUCCAGGAUCUGGGCGCAGACACGGUCCAGGCCAACCUCAUGCUGCAACAUCCAGCCGACGGGCGCGACUUUUCACUGGGACGUGCUAUUUUGAUCGAUUUGGGUAUCUCCAACGUACGGCUGUUGACAAAUAACCCAGAUAAAGUGUUACAAGCUGAAUACCCUCCAUACUUACAAUGUGUGGAAAGAGUACCCAUGGUCCCACUUUCAUGGACCAGCGACCAUGACGGAAUUCACUCAGCAGAAAUUGAAGGCUACCUCAGAACCAAAGUGGAAAGGAUGGGACACUUAUUGCAGCGGCCGCUGAAACUUCAUUCUUCUGUCUCCAAGUCGAAUCCCUCGACUAAGGUGACAACCCACACGCUUGUAUGA